ACCUUGAGGAGUAAUGAUUACUUCACAUCUAAACAUAUGUAAACAGCCAUUCUUUAGCAGAAAGCUCUGUGUACUUUCAUGUUGUUGAAAAAUGCUGCCAGAAACUUCGCUGAUAUGAAAUGACGUCGCUAUAGCAAUUUACACGUUCAGAAGUUCUUAGACUCAGAUUUCAGAGUGGCUCUGCUAAGAAGCGGACUUCAUGCAAGAGUACUGAAAAGAGCCAGAACAGAGCUGGACGGUUUAAGAACAGAAAUACAAAGUCUAUCUUUCCACACCUGGGUCAUGGAGUGGUGUCAAAGUUUACAUUUGCGCAAUACUGGUUUAUACAGUUUAUGUCCAGUGUUGUACAUUCCUUGCAAGUCAUCUUUAAAGGCAAGUGAUGAGGUCAUUUCAAAUUUAAUAUUCUCUAGGGAAAAAUUAACUUCCUGUUUCUUAUUUACACAUGUAUUACACUGAAAAUAAUUUUUGAAUGACUACCUUUGAUGUCACCUAAAGUCUGAAACAGGGCAAUAAGUUAAUUUGGUAGAGUAUAAAAUGAACACCUCGGCUACAUUGUGCUGUCUCAGCCGGGAGAGCACGCCUUGGAUACUAUAUUUCUGCCCCAAACAUCUUACGGGACAGUAUUGACAGAGAAUUCACCCGGGGGCUAGCAGGGCUUUCAGCGCCACUCCCAACAUAAGAGGCCUGAUCCCCUGACCUAACCUUGCUGACCAGGGUGGGAAGCUCUGGCCUCGGAGCACUGACCGCUCGGAACAGAGCAGGGUGGCGACAGGGGCGUCCUCCAUUUUCCUUUCUUUAUGAUGAGGAUUUUUUUCGUCCAUUAACUUAUCUUUCAAUUCUAGCACACCGUGUAGUAAAAGCAAACGUAAGUACGCCACAUUUAAGUACAUUUCAAUAUCAACUACAAAAAACCCUCGCGGGCAUUUGUUCCAGACCCUCCUCCCAGUGGGGUACACCGUGAAACAAGCUCAGGCUCCUAUGGGAUGCGCACCGUAACCGCCGGAGUGAGGUGAGAGGGUGGGGGAGAACUACCUGGCCUGCCAUCGCGCAGGCGCAUUUCCGGCCGCAGCGCCCAGUGGUCUAGCUCCCUUUCCAGUAAUUUCGCUAGCCGUGACGUCAUCCUCGUGCGCCCUUACGGUGCCUCCCAGAACCCCCAAAUUUAUAUUUUUGUGAAAGGGGUAAGAAGGAAUGAACUGACCUCUUCCACCCCACUCUGUUUUUAGUCCUUGACUCUGGACGCGCCUACGCUUUGGGCAAUGGAGCGGGAGAGGGAAAGAAAAGCACUCGGAGAUCCAAACGGCGCCGGCCAGGCAUGACUCGGCGACGUCGCCAGCCGCGUUACCCGGCGUGCCCCGCGCGGCGCGGGCAGAGCGGCGUAGGGGGAGGGGCGGGGAGGAGGAAGCGGCGGCGGCGGCUGCUGCGGAUGUCGCUGCGACUGAUCGGCGUCUGAACACACGGCGGCUGCCGAGCGCCCGACCCGGGCCUGCGCCGGAGCCCACGCCAAGCUCCGCGGCUCCUCGCCCGCCAGGGCGGCCCUGAGCCAGUUGUCACUGAGGCAGCGUGCCUCACAUUCUCCGCUGUCAGGCCAGGAGGGCUCUGGCGUUGCCUGGCUCCCGCUCGCUCACCCGCUCCCUCCUUUGCGCCUGAGUCACCGCCGCCGCCAUGGCCGAGAAUGGUGAAAGCGGCGGCCCUGCGAGUUCCCAGGACAACGCCGCCGCGGCCGAAGGUGCCGGCGCACCGGCCGCCACCGCCUCCACGGAACCCAAGAUCAUGAAAGUCACCGUGAAGACCCCGAAGGAGAAGGAGGAGUUCGCAGUGCCCGAGAACAGCUCCGUCCAGCAGUUCAAGGAAGAAAUCUCUAAACGUUUCAAAUCACAUACUGACCAACUUGUGUUGAUAUUUGCUGGAAAAAUUUUAAAAGAUCAAGAUACUUUGAGUCAGCAUGGAAUUCACGAUGGACUUACUGUUCACCUUGUCAUCAAAACACAAAACAGGCCUCAGGAUCAUUCAGCUCAACAAACAAAUGCCAGUGGAACCAGUGCUACCACAUCAUCUGCUCCUAGUAGUAACUCCACAUCUGGUUCUGCCACUAGCAACCCUUUUGGUUUAGGUGGCCUUGGAGGACUCGCAGGUUUGAGUAGCUUGGGCUUGAAUACUACCAACUUCUCUGAACUACAGAGCCAGAUGCAGCGGCAACUUAUGUCCAAUCCUGAAAUGAUGGUCCAGAUCAUGGAGAAUCCCUUUGUCCAGAGCAUGCUUUCAAAUCCUGACCUGAUGAGGCAGUUAAUUAUGGCCAAUCCACAAAUGCAACAGUUGAUACAGAGAAAUCCAGAAAUUAGUCAUAUGCUAAAUAAUCCAGAUAUUAUGAGACAAACUUUGGAGCUUGCUAGGAAUCCAGCAAUGAUGCAGGAAAUGAUGAGAAACCAGGACCGAGCCUUGAGCAACCUGGAGAGCAUCCCAGGGGGAUACAACGCUUUGCGGCGCAUGUACACGGAUAUUCAGGAGCCCAUGCUGAGCGCCGCCCAAGAGCAGUUUGGUGGUAAUCCAUUUGCUUCGUUAGUGAGCAAUACGUCAUCAGGUGAAGGUAGUCAGCCUUCCCGCACAGAAAAUAGAGAUCCAUUACCCAAUCCCUGGGCUCCACAGGCUUCUCAGAGUUCAUCCGCUUCCAGUGGCACCACCAGCGCAGUGGGGGGCACCAGUGGUAGUGCUGCCAGUGGGACUGCUGGGCAGAGUUCUACUGCGCCAAAUCUGGGGCCUGGAGUAGGAGCUAGUAUGUUCAAUACACCAGGAAUGCAGAGCUUGUUGCAGCAAAUAACUGAAAACCCACAACUUAUGCAAAACAUGUUGUCGGCCCCCUACAUGAGAAGCAUGAUGCAGUCACUAAGCCAGAACCCUGACCUUGCUGCACAGAUGAUGCUGAAUAAUCCCCUAUUUGCUGGAAAUCCUCAGCUUCAAGAACAAAUGAGACAACAGCUCCCAACUUUCCUUCAACAAAUGCAGAAUCCUGAUACGUUAUCGGCAAUGUCAAACCCUAGAGCAAUGCAGGCCUUGUUACAGAUUCAGCAGGGUUUACAGACCUUAGCAACUGAAGCCCCCGGCCUCAUCCCAGGGUUUACUCCUGGCCUGGGGGCAUUGGGAAGUACUGGAGGCUCUUCAGGAACCAAUGGCUCUACUUCUGCAUCUAGCGAAAACCCAAGUCCCACAGUAGGAGCCACCGAACCUGGGCACCAGCAGUUUAUCCAGCAAAUGCUGCAGGCUCUUGCUGGAGUGAAUCCUCAGCUACAGAAUCCAGAAGUUAGAUUUCAGCAGCAACUGGAACAGCUCAGUGCAAUGGGAUUUUUGAACCGUGAAGCAAACUUGCAAGCGCUAAUAGCCACAGGAGGUGAUAUCAAUGCGGCUAUUGAAAGGUUACUGGGCUCUCAGCCAUCAUAGCAGCAUUUCUGUAUCUUGAAAAAAAUGUAAUUUAUUUUUGAUAACGGCUCUUAAAUCUUUAAAAUACCCGCUUUAUUUCAUUUUGACUCUUGGAAUUCUGUGCUGUUAUAAACAAACCCAAUAUAUGAUACAUUUUAAGGUGGAGUGCAGUAAGAUGUGUGGGUUUCACUGUGUUUGUUUGUUUUUUGUUUUCCUGGAACAGUGGGAAUCAAUACUUUUUCAUUUAAGGCUACUGCAUGCGUCAAACACUUAUGCAUUUAUUGUAAUUUUUAAAAACAUAUCACCUUUUAUAGUUGGGUGAACAGAUUUUUGUCCUGCAUCUGUCCAGUUUAUUUGCUUUUUAAACAUUAGUCUCUGGUAGUAAUUUAUGUAGAAUAAAAGCAUUAAAAAGAAGCAGAUCAUUUGCGCUUUAUAAUUUGUGAUACAACAUUGCUUAUCGUGACUUUGGCAUGUAUUUUUGCAAACAAAAAUGCUGUAAGAUUUAUACUACUGACGAUUUUUCUUUAUUUGUAUACAGUGUAUGUAUGCACAUUUGGGACACCAUCUCUAGAAACAUACUACAGUAGAUAAUCUGAGCAAAACAUCUGUAAUGGAAAAAAUAAAGAUAAGGAAAUACUUCAAAGUGGAGUAUUUCUUAAUUGUGUAGAAUCUUACAGCAUCUUUGAUAAACAUCUCAGCAAAAGUACUGGUUAGUAAGGCUUGUUGAAAAUACAGUAGAAAAACUGAUUCUGGUUGUCUCUUUAAGGACGUAUUAAUUGUACAGACAAGAUGAUGUAACAUUGUCUCAGCAUUCACAGAUUGACUGUAAAUUACCUUAAUCUUUGUGCAGACUGAAGGAGCACUGUAGUAUAACCCCAAAGUGCAUUUGCUAGGACUUUCAGCUUCUCCCAUAGGUAGUUUAACAGGCAUUACAAUUUGUAAUUGAAAUGUUGCUUUCACUGAAAGUGUCUUGAUGUUUCAGUUAUUUUUAAUCGCCAUAUAAAAAUAGAACUAUCUUCUGGGUUUAUCGGUUUUCUCAUGCACAGGCAAUACACGAAUUUAAAAUGAUUUGUGAGCCACUUGUUUCUGAAGUGUUUUGGUAGUUCUAUUAAGAAAUAGUUAAAUAUUGUGCUUUUCAGAGCCUGAGAGAAGGGGAAUUUGGGGGUGGGGUGGGGUUCUGUCCUGGAUUGGGCCAGCCUGAGUAAUGCUGGCGCCCAGGGUUCUGCUGGGGUUUCCGUGCUGUAGUGUAGUCAUGCAGGGGUGGCAGCAAAGAGCCGCUUACGCCGUGGAGGGCGUCCGGCUGCCUCCAGCUCUCUUCUUCCCUCCCCGGGAAUUCUGUUUGCCUGACUCUCAAACUCUUGGGGUGGUACAUUCCUUUAGGACCAAGUAAAACCUAACUUUGGGGUCAGUGACAUAUUUAGCUGACUCUGGUUCAGUAUUCUCUUAGGUCAUUAUAUUCUCUCAUGUACAGUUAAGGGAAAUUAAAAUGUUAAAGUAACUAAAAUUAAUUCAGACCAGUAAAAUCAAGGGAAAAUACAAGUUGAAUUCCAUUACUUCUGUCAGUUGCUUGCUAUUAAAAAAGGUAAAGAGGCAGGUUGCCCACCAUUUCGUGCACUGUUUUGACACUGUCCCCUGGAAUAAAACAGGUACAAAGGUUAAUUAAGAUGGAGGCAUGACUAAGAGGAACUUGUUAAGGAUGAUCUUUGUGUGUCUCUGCUCUCUCUGCCUUAUGCCUCAGUAUGGUUUUAAAACUUUUGUACUAGCAAUUGGUGGCAUACAGUGUGGGGUAGUGUCAUAACCAGUUUGACAAUUUAUUAAUCACAAAAUAACAAUAAAUCUCUAGCUUUUA